CUGCCGUGUUUAUUUAUUAUGCGCUUUUGUGAAUCGAGUGUCGUGUCGUCGGGGUCGUGGUUGAUGUAGACGCGCUGCAUCUUCUGUCGAUUGUCUCAAAGACGUCUCGUUCGAAACGGAAACAUUUGGCUGCAUAUGCCGCGGCUUCACCACAUGUUAGCGGAAACCGAAAGGAAGCUGUGCAGCGCUUUGUUCGGGCAAACGAACGGUUUAGGUCGAGGAUCGUUUGAUACUGCAAGUGCGUGAACAAGUGGCUGAGUGCCCGUCGUCGACCUCAUCACCAGCCUGGCUGCUCCAGCUGCCAUUAUUGCCGAGCAAAGGACCCAACGUGUGUGACCGCAUCAGUGAAUGUAAUUUGCACGUGUGUGUUUCGUAAUUAGUGCCCUCUUAUGCCGGAUCGGGGGGAGGCCCCUCCACAGGCUUUCGGUCGUGGGAGCUACGUAGCUCCAGAAUGAAUUAUGAGAUGUGCUGCGAAAGCACUUUCCGUGGCUGUGACGUCGUCCGUGCUCGUGCCCGCAUCACCCUCAUUCACGAAUGUGGCCGUAAUUAAUGCACUACGAGAACCCACCAUCGCUCAUAAUCUUCAUAUGAUUUGCACAUAUUCAAAUAUCUUGUUAAUUAAGUUCCACUAAUUACUAUCGGAGUGCUUGGCGGAAACGAGGCGCGCUUCCAAGUCAAAGAUGGUAGUCACGAGGAUGGGCGCGAUGGCAGAUUUGAAGAACUGCAGAAGGUUGCAGGCCAUCGGUGAUGAGAUGAUCCGCAGAUCUAUUUGCGUGUUGCUGCUGCUACAGAUUGUCGUCAAUUGCGGAAUCGCGAACGGUGGUGCUCUUAAAGUCAAUUUAAUUGUAGAGCCGCCUGCGGUGCGAAAGGGUCAGCACGCCACCCUACGUUGCCUAUACGAUUUGGGUAGCGCCCCCUUAUACUCGAUAAAAUUCUACCGAGGCUUAAGGGAGUUCUAUCGAUACUCACCUUCAGAGGAACCUGCCAAUAAAAUUUUUGCCUUUCCUGGCAUCAACGUGGACAAAUCGCAGUCGAAUGCAAGCCAAGUGGUUAUUCGAAAUGUUGGAUUUGGACUAUCUGGAAAUUUCUCAUGUGAAGUGACAGCUGAUGCUCCAUAUUUUUCGACGGCUACGGCAGCAGUUCAGUUGCAGGUUGUCGAAUAUCCUGAAAAGAGGCCAUAUUUAUGGGCUGAUCAGGACCGCUAUGAGCCAGGUGAUGUUCUGCGAGCAAAUUGCAGUUCGCCUCCUUCAAGACCCAGGACUGAGUUGAAGUUCACGCUGAAUAAUAUUGUGAUUCAACCGACCGAUGUCCAGAAUAUUUUCACGCCGGAAGGACUUUAUGCAACAAGGAUUAGUCUCAAGCUCCAAUUACAAAGUUCCCACUUCAGAAAUCACCACAUGGGCUACGGACAGCUUUCAAAUAGUAUCAGCGUGAACGGAGGGUUAGUUCUAAGGUGCACCGCACAGAUUGGGAAUUUGUACCAGGAGUACAGUGAAAUUGAGUUGGGGGUACCCCAACGGGAUCCGAUUCCAGCUCGAGUGACCUCAUCCGGAGCGACCAGGUUAGGUCUGCACUCGCUGCGGUCAACCAACUUUACACCUCACACUUCGGACUUGGUGGUGGCGGCAACCGUUGCAAGUUUAAUUUCCACUUUCGUGCAGCACUUCAUCCAUCACAGUUCCAGAUAGUCGAAUACAAAGUUGGACCGUUAUUAAUUAUGUAUUUGUUAAAGGAGAAUUUGUAUUUAUUUGGCUGAAAAUCAAAUUUCAUUUCAUUUUCCCCAAGGGAUAUAACAAUUAUUCGAGUACCGGUAACUAUUAAGUUUUUACUGCAAAUAUGAAAGGGUUAAGUGGGAAAAAGUGGAAAUAGAAAAUAGCAUUUAUACGAAUGCCGUUAAAGUAAAUUAUAGCAUAAUAUAAAUCAGUAGGUGUAGGUAUGGAAAUUAAAUUUACGGAGUAAGAAGUCCAUUAAGUUCGUGCAGCCGAAAGGUAUUUGUUCUAAGAAUCCGUAGAGACACGGAACUCGGAAGCGGGUCCUGUCUGUUGGGAAAUGUUGAUCCUGCAAGAAUGAGAUUCAUGAGGAAAUCAUUUUCUUGUUUACCACAUUCAGUUACGCAUUUAUAUUUAACGCAACCCUUUGAGAUCAUAUUUCUAGUUUCGAAACUUGGCAUCACAUUAAUUCCAUAAUUUUCGAAAGUCCAUGAAUAUUUGAUAGUCAGGAACCAUUGGACAAAUGCAUACGUUAUAUUGCCUGCACAUUUGCAUGUGCACUCACAAAAUGCGGAACGCGGCUGUCAAAUUUCUAAUUCCAUAAAGUUCUACAAUUCGAGUACACGCAAGCCUCAUACACCUGCUCCUUCCCAGGCACUAAUAUCCUCCACCGUAUAUGAAUUAAACAAUGUCGCAAUUUUCUAUCAAUUUUUGUCCUUCAGCUUUGUUUCGAACCCCUUUUCAAUCACAGGCAAAACACAGUUAUGUUAUUAUAAAUACGUAACUUUACUGCUUUGACAACAAAGGAAUCUUUUUCAAUACUCAAACCGACUUUUAAUUUCACGUAAUUCGCAACAUCCUUUCACCAACACAAAAUUUCACGAAGAGAAAGUAGAGGCAUAGAGGUUUCUACAGAAUAAGCACUUAAGGCAUAAAACAUAAUAUUAAAGGAACGACUCAUUGUGGCUAAGUCCAGAAUUUGUCCCCAAUCCUUCCGUUGAAAUUAUGGAGUAACAUUUUAAUGCACGAUGAAAAUGCAAAGGAUAAACUUAGUGAUAAUUCCAGAAAGAAAGAAAUGAAAUAAAUGAAUUUAAUGCUUAUCACGUUAUUGUCUUGUAUAUGUGUAUGAAAAUAUUUGGAAAUAAAAUGAAAAUGCUGUAAAA